AUGACUAAGAUCCGAGCUCGCGAUCUCCGGAACCACAAAAAAGAUGAUCUCGUCAAGAUGCUUGUCGAGCAGAAGACUGAGCUCGCCUCACUCCGGGUUACUAAGGUCACAGGUGGUGCAGCUGCAAAACUUUGCAAAAUUCGUCUAGUUCGUAAGACGAUCGCUCGUAUUCUUACUGUGAUUAACCAGAACUACAAACAAGAACUUCGUAAAUUCUACGUCGGUCACAAGUAUAAACCGACGGAUUUGCGAAAGAAGCAGACUCGAGCCAUCAGAAGGCGCUUGACGAAGCAUGAGCAGAGUUUGAAAACUGCUAAGCAAUUACACAAACAGCGCGCUUUCCCCAUGAGAAAGUUCGCUGUCAAAGGAUAG